ACUAAUAUGAAUUUCUGACACGUUCAGCUCGACAUAAAAGACAGGGUCGCGCUUCAGACUGCAGCAUUUCUUCAACGGGAGAAGACGUCGAGAAUAGACGAUUACAGAAGUAACUAUUACAGUUUCGAAAGCUGUGGUGCAAGAUGCAGAUCUUUGUGAAAACCCUCACCGGCAAAACCAUCACCCUGGAGGUGGAGCCCAGUGAUACCAUUGAGAACGUUAAGGCCAAGAUCCAGGAUAAGGAGGGCAUCCCCCCUGACCAGCAGAGGCUGAUCUUUGCCGGAAAGCAGCUGGAGGAUGGCCGCACCCUGUCCGACUACAAUAUCCAGAAGGAGUCCACCCUUCACCUGGUCCUCCGUCUUAGGGGUGGCAUGCAGAUCUUCGUCAAGACCCUCACCGGCAAAACCAUCACCCUGGAGGUGGAACCCAGCGACACCAUUGAGAAUGUCAAGGCCAAGAUCCAGGAUAAGGAGGGCAUCCCCCCUGACCAACAGAGGCUGAUCUUUGCCGGAAAGCAGCUGGAAGAUGGCCGCACCCUGUCCGACUACAACAUCCAGAAGGAGUCCACCCUUCACCUGGUCCUCCGUCUUAGGGGUGGCAUGCAGAUCUUCGUCAAGACCCUCACCGGCAAAACCAUCACCCUGGAGGUGGAACCCAGCGACACCAUUGAGAACGUUAAGGCCAAGAUCCAGGAUAAGGAGGGCAUCCCCCCUGACCAGCAGAGGCUGAUCUUUGCCGGAAAGCAGCUGGAAGAUGGCCGCACCCUGUCCGACUACAACAUCCAGAAGGAGUCCACCCUUCACCUGGUCCUCCGUCUGAGAGGUGGCAUGCAAAUCUUCGUCAAAACCCUCACUGGCAAAACCAUCACCCUGGAGGUCGAGCCCAGCGACACCAUUGAGAAUGUCAAGGCCAAGAUCCAGGAUAAGGAGGGCAUCCCCCCUGACCAGCAGAGGCUGAUCUUUGCUGGCAAACAGCUUGAAGAUGGCCGCACCCUGUCCGACUACAACAUCCAGAAGGAGUCCACCCUUCACCUGGUCCUCCGUCUGAGAGGUGGCAUGCAGAUCUUUGUCAAGACCCUCACUGGCAAAACCAUCACCCUGGAGGUGGAGCCCAGCGACACCAUUGAGAAUGUCAAGGCCAAGAUCCAGGAUAAGGAGGGCAUCCCCCCUGACCAGCAGAGGCUGAUCUUUGCCGGCAAACAGCUGGAAGAUGGCCGCACCCUGUCCGACUACAACAUCCAGAAGGAGUCCACCCUUCAUCUGGUUCUCCGUCUCAGAGGUGGCAUGCAAAUUUUUGUCAAGACCCUCACUGGCAAGACAAUCACCCUCGAAGUUGAGCCCAGCGACACCAUUGAGAACGUCAAGGCCAAAAUCCAGGAUAAGGAGGGCAUCCCCCCUGACCAGCAGAGGCUGAUCUUUGCCGGCAAACAGCUUGAAGAUGGCCGCACCCUGUCCGACUACAACAUCCAGAAAGAAUCUACUCUCCACCUUGUCCUUCGUCUCAGGGGUGGUAUGCAGAUCUUCGUAAAGACCCUCACUGGCAAGACAAUCACCCUGGAGGUGGAACCCAGCGACACCAUUGAGAACGUCAAGGCCAAAAUCCAGGAUAAAGAGGGCAUCCCCCCUGACCAGCAGAGGCUCAUCUUUGCUGGCAAGCAGCUGGAAGAUGGCCGCACCCUGUCCGACUACAACAUCCAGAAAGAAUCCACCCUCCACCUUGUUCUCCGUCUGAGGGGUGGCGCAAACAUGCAGAUCUUUGUCAAGACCCUCACUGGUAAAACCAUCACCCUGGAGGUGGAACCCAGCGACACCAUUGAGAAUGUCAAGGCCAAGAUCCAGGAUAAGGAGGGCAUCCCCCCUGACCAGCAGAGGCUGAUCUUUGCUGGAAAGCAGCUGGAAGAUGGCCGCACCCUGUCCGACUACAACAUCCAAAAAGAAUCUACCCUCCACCUUGUUCUCCGUCUGAGAGGUGGCAUGCAGAUCUUUGUCAAGACCCUCACUGGCAAGACCAUCACCCUGGAGGUGGAACCCAGUGACACCAUUGAGAAUGUCAAGGCCAAGAUCCAGGAUAAGGAGGGCAUCCCCCCUGACCAGCAGAGGCUGAUCUUUGCCGGAAAGCAGCUGGAAGAUGGCCGCACCCUGUCCGACUACAACAUCCAGAAGGAGUCCACCCUUCACCUGGUCCUCCGUCUGAGAGGUGGCAUGCAGAUCUUUGUCAAGACCCUCACCGGCAAAACCAUCACCCUGGAGGUUGAGCCCAGUGACACCAUUGAGAAUGUCAAGGCCAAGAUCCAGGAUAAGGAGGGCAUCCCCCCUGACCAGCAGAGGCUGAUCUUUGCUGGCAAGCAGCUGGAAGAUGGCCGCACUCUGUCCGACUACAAUAUCCAGAAGGAGUCCACCCUCCACCUUGUUCUCCGUCUGAGGGGUGGCCAGUAAAUGAGUUCAAUAUUUUAUUCACUUAAGAUGACAAGUGCACCUAAUAAAGUGAGAUCACAAUAAAUGGAA